CUUAAUACCCAAUGACACUAACUACAGUGUCUCUUUAAGAGGUCAUGCAAACUCCCAAGCUAAACAAGGCAUUCUUAUAUAUUUAACAUUCAAAUGCAGAAGCCAAGCUAAGCCAUGGAAGAUUGUAAUCAGGAAAAGCUACACUUCCUGAUCCACACAAAAGCUACAGGUUCUUUAAACAGGAGGCAGAUUGCUAGCAUUUGGGGCUGAAAGCUAGAGGUUAUUUUGGAUGUGAAAGCUCCUUGCUGCUUGGAUCCAUGACAACCAUGUAGACACUCUUCACUUUAACAAUCUACACCAGCAUGGACCAAGACAUUUAAAACAAAUCUUCCAAGCAGUCGAUGGAGUACAAUUGGAAAGGAAUUCGUCUGUGCCUAAGAAAGUUCUACAAAAAUGUCACCUCAGUGCUCAGUGGAUGUCACAGGGUCAAGUGAAUGGAAACAAGAAGAUACUAGGAAAGAAUAAAUCUGCUUCUUUCAGGUGUCAAACACCUUGAGAACUCUGCAACUGUAGUUCCCACAGAUUAAGGAAAAUCCAGAUGGGGUGCAGGUGCUGCAAAAUGAUACAAAGUUAUAUCUUUGAUCCAGAAGAAGCACAAUCAUCUGGAUGUAUUCAUGAAGUAAACAGCUAUAAACACAAUGAACAAGGCAGCAAUAAAUCAAAAUCCAAAGAGAACAGUGAAAAUGAAGAACCCAAAAAUGAACUCCAGCAGGAUGAGGUAAACAGAACAGAAAAUAAAAACCCAGUCAACAGUACAACAGAAACUCUCUGGAAUCACAGAGGCAAUGAUUCUCAAGAGGAUGGCCUUGUGAAGUGUGCUGUAAAGCUUGAUGUUGCAGUCAAUGGUGGCAACUCCUGUGCUCAGCACUCCAUGCUCAACCCCAGCACAAGCCCAGUGAAAGAAACCAGUGAAAAGGGAACCUCCAGCCAGUCAGAGGCUUCUCCAGCCAGCAAUCGAGACUUUUAUGCCAAGUCAAAUAGGUCUGGACAAGAGCUUGACCCAGAGACAGGCAGUCAGAGUAAGGCAGCCAGCAAUGUGCCUAACAGUAUUCCAGACUCCCAGUCUGCAGGAGACAGCAUCUUUCUCAAAGGAAACUCAAUAGUGGAAACAGAAAACAACACCAUAAGACUGCCAGAUAUUGAUUAUCCCCAAAAUGGCAAUCAAACUGGGAACUAUGGUGAAAAAGACAGCUUUUCAGUCAACUGCACACAUUCAGACCAAAACACUGGUACUUCAGUAAUACAGGACCAGGACCUUCAUGCAAUUCGACCUUGGCCUGUGAAAGAGAGCAGUACUGAACAUUUUAAAACUGACUCUGAAAGUCUGAGUGAGAGCCUUACUGGUGGCAUCACUGCAGUGGCUGUUACCAAAGUCGCACAGGCACCCACACACACCAACCAUAAAGAUGUCAAUGGAGGAAUUGAGGAGGAAGAUGCAGAAGUUGCAGCAGCUCUGGCUGCACUGGAAGCUGCAACAGCAGGAGAAGAUGUGGAAGAUGAUGAUGAGUACUAGAUGGUUUCUUUCUAACAUACUGGGUAAGAUCUAGAUGUUUUUUCUGGAUCAAUAUGAACAGAUAUACAGCACACGUGGAGAGCUGUUAUGAACAGCAUAUAUAAAAGGGGUUGGGACUAAACCUGGGUCCCUUCAGCUGUUUUAUACAGCCUUUUAAUUUCUACUGCCUGAGGUGAAGAGCCCCCUUGACUAAUGGUAAUACUCUUCUCUGUGGGCCCAAACAGGAGGGAAAAACAUCAUUUCUUCCACACAGAAUAUUCAGUUAUACACACACCUCAUCUACACUCAUGCAAGUGUUUCCUUUUUUUCAUCAUGAGGGUCUGUGCACACUGCAUGUUCCAGGUUCACAAAACUCCCAUUAUUUAAAAUAGGACUAUUGAAGCCAUGGAGUUAGAAACCACAUAUUUUCAUCAUUAGCAGAAAAAAAACACAUAAAUGAGCCAAAGUUCUAUGAUCUACUGAAACAUGAAACAGGGAAGGCAGCUUGGACUGAAUUUUACCGUGGCUACGGUUCCAUUAUGGAUUAAGCCUAAAUCUGUACACGUGCACCUGGCAUUGGAAUGAUAACAUCAUUUUUCCCCACACACCUCUCCCUUGACUGUAUUUGAUACCCCAAGUGUUACUGCUUCAGUUCCCUAAAACAGCAGAAGCCCAGCCAAAUCCAAGAGAGUGGGUAACUUUCUGUUGCUUUAAUGUGCUAAAGCAGCUAUGUAAGAACUUCACACACACUAUCAGGGAGGCCAGAGAGAUCAAAACUCAUUCCCUACUAGUUUGGAUAGAUUAAAACCGUUGUAAAAUGACAGCCUGAAACCUCUGAACUCCACUAAAUUUUCCAGGUGCAUGUCAUCUGUCUUAACAACACAGUUUUCAAACAGAUUGUGUUUCAAACAUCCCCAGCAAGUUGUGCUUCGUUUACAUGAAAACAGCAAGAGCCAAUGUGGACUCCUCCUCAGCUCUGCUGUAGUGCCUAAAUUUACAUCAGGAAAGGGAUCGAGCUUCCAAACUGGAUUAAGCAUAAGAUCUGAAAGUAGUUGCAUUCUCGGAGGGCUGCAUUUCUAAUGUCAAAAAAAAAAGGAGUUAGAGACCAAUCUGGUGCUGCCAAUUCCGCAAAAGUAUGGUUGAAAUAGAAAGUGCUUAACAUUUUAUACUGAAAUUUUGUGGUUUCCAAGUUUUUUGUUAUAAACUCCUAAUAAAUUUUUAACCAUAUAAAAAAUAAUGUUGUGGUUUUUGUACUUUAUGCAUUUUCUGAAUAUGAAAGCUACAUUUAAGAAAUUCAAUAAGAUAUAGCCCUCAUUAGAUACACGAAAAGCACCAACAAAGUAUUUGCCUACAGUGUAUGCUGAUUUUGAUUUCUCAAAACAUUAAUGAGUAGGAUGGGUACCUAGGAGCCCUUAUGGUACCCAGGAGUACCUAGGAGCAAUUAAAACAACCUAAAGUCUCAGCUUGUAGAGAACUAUAUCCAGCUACAGGCAAGAGUCACAACACUGUAUCUGUAAAAUAAAAAAACUUUAUAUGAUUUUAAA